CCCUCACGCUAUAGGAUACCGAUAGUGAAGAACGCCAGCCCACCGAGAGCGACCUUGGGUCCUCUUCUAUAUUUCGAUACCAAGCGGUUCGCUAGAUUGACGACAAGUCAAUCUUGAAAAUUUAUCGGAAAUGACUUCCCAGGGAGUCCCCUCUCGCAAACGCCCUGCUCCAGGUACAUCACCUGUCGUGCAUGCGCCAAUUGGGUCAAUCACCAAUUACACAGACACCACUAAUCAACUCUCGGACGACCAGUUUCUACAAUGGGGCCAGGAUCCUCAUGCUGGUACUACUAUGGCACAGGCUUUUCCUAUUGAUACCACCCCAUACACAACCAUGUCAUAUGCCGCUGCCAACCAGGACGGUCCAGUACCGGUACCGUCGGACCAAACGCCUAACCAGCUCGCUAGAAGACCAAUGAAUCAGCUAAUAAAUCGGAAUCGCUCUUUCGAGCAAUCUUCUGUUUCAUCUGUACCAGAUUCCGGUGGUGAUGGCUGGGGAGAGAGCAUCGCAGAACUCGAACAGCGAGCGUUGGUCGCAAAAAGAGAAGCUCAGGCGAAACGAAAACAAAUUCCGCCUUUUGUUCAAAAGCUUAGAAGUUUUCUCGAUGAGCCACAAUAUGCUGAUUUUAUCCGGUGGUCGGAGGACGGAAAUUCAUUUAUCGUGCUGGAUGAAGACGAGUUCGCCCGGAGGCUGAUCCCAGAACUGUUCAAACACAAUAAAUACGCCUCGUUUGUACGACAACUAAACAUGUACGGUUUCCAUAAAAAGGUCGGAUUGUCCGACAACUCGAUGCGAGCGAGCGAAAGGAAAAACAAGAGCCCAAGUGAAUACGCUAAUCCAUACUUCAAGCGCGGUCAUCCGGAUCUUCUUUGGCUAAUUCAGAAGCCAAAGAAUGCUCCUGGUCAAGGUAGCAAAGGUGGUAAGGGUGCUAAAAUCAAGACAGAAGACGGCGAAGAGCAUGAUGUCGACGACUACGUCGACGACGUUGGCCGCGACGAGCGCCCCCGGAAUGGCGGUCAACUUGCGAUAACCAAUGGACAGGAAGUCAUGCCAAAGGACCAAUUGGCUGGAGUCUAUCGUGAGCUUCAAACUAUUCGCCAGCAGCAGCAGAUCAUUUCCAGUACGAUAUCUAAACUACGCCGUGAACAUGAACAAUUAUAUGCUCAAGCUGCCAACUUCCAAGAGCAACAUAGCCGUCAUGAAAACUCGAUCAACGCAAUCUUGACCUUCCUUGCUACGGUGUACAAUCGCAGCCUUCAGGGACACGACGGCCCGCAGAAUCUGGCCAAUUCAUUUUCUGGUAUCAUUUCUCAAGAUCAAGGCAAUGUUGUUGAUAUGGGUGACGAUUUCACCUUGAGUAGUUUAGGCAACGAUCUUGGUUCAGGAACGCCUAGAUUCAAGAAACAGCCGUUACUUCUGAAAGCCCCUCCGCAGGUCAAUCCAGUGAUUCAUGAUCGUGCGACCACUUUGUCUCCAGCUGGCAGCAAUUACGAUCCUCUUUUGAAUCGCAAAUAUUCCCGGCAAAGUACUACACCAUCACACACUAUUGAAGAAGUGCACGAUGUCACUGCUCCGCAAGCUACUGUUCCCACACAAUCCACACAAGACGGCAAGUCACAGCGUGAUAUCAUGUCCAUGAUCCAACUCUCCAACGCUGCUAAUGGAGUACAAACAACUUUCGCCGACUUUCCUAAUAUUGUCAAUUCUUUGGAGACGUCCGGUGGCAACUCGGCACUUACUCCGAAGCAGCGGGCAGACAUGUUGCGGCAGAUUGCGCGUGACACAACCGUUAGUGAUCCUAGUGUCGCUUCUUCCAACAAUGCCCUCAUUACCCCUACUCCGCCUCCAAUGCCAGACAACUAUUCAGCCCAACUUGCAAAUACUCGUGAUGAAAUUGACAAUUUGAUGAAGAUGCAAGCAGAACAGGACCGUUCUGUACAGAACCUAACCAAUCUGCUACAGCCAUUGAGUCCAACAGGUCAAAUUCCAGGGCUUCAGGAUGGCAAUGUACCUCCUCCAAGUCUCGACCUCGAUCAGAUUUUCAACAGCCAAGAUUAUUUUACGGACUACAAUGAUUUAGACAACAAGGGGAACUUGGAUACGAAUGACACAUCGACAAAUGCCACGACCGGAGUACCUUCUCAAGCUUACAGAGCCACUGCUGACGACCGAACUGCCAAUGAUGAUCUCUUCAAUUUUGACAAUCUUGCCAAUGAACCGGUAGAUACGGAUCUAUUCGGUGACAACGCUCAAGCCCCUGGCGCAUCGGCAGGCUACUUUGAUAAUUACGAAGACUUCAUUAAACCUGGCCUCAAUAAUGACGAUCUCAGCAAUCGCAACACGACUGGUGCUGCGGGUGGUGAUAAGAUGCAGAACACUACUUCUCCGGAGAUGGGACGCAUCAUUGAGUCUCUCACUGACAGCGAAUCAACAAGUCCCACGAAUACGGUAGAUGAGAAUUACCAAGCUCUCAGCGCAGGCAAAACGGCUGAUGUAGUCGUCCAGAGCCCAAAAAGACGGAGAAAGGUGUGAACUCAAACGGCGAACGUAUAGACCAUGAACAUAAUCACACCGAGUAAUGAAUCUGCUGAAUGAUAUUGCAUCCUCUUCUUUUGAUCAUUAUCUUGGUUAUGGGAGGAAAAUUUUCUUUUUUUUCACCACCAUCCAUCAUAAACGAAACGAAACACGGGACUUACCUAAAACGAGAUUUGGCGCCACGGGUUCUUAUUUCUUUUUCUUUAUACACGAGAAGGUCAGACUUGACUUGAUGAUAUACGGAGUACUCACUUAUCUUUUUUCUUUCUCUUUCUUGUGUUUUUGGAUCCUUGCUCCCCUGGCUAUUUAAUCAAUGGGGAAACACGUCCCAUGUAUAUGCGAUGCCUAAGCUAGGUUCAAGGUAAAUAAUUGCAUGAAUUUCAUGGAAUUCGUA